GCCGCACGGGCUGCCGGGAGAGUGAGGCCUCGUCCGAGUCACGGAGCGGCGCGGAGGGAGCGGUGCGGCUCUGCCCGGCACAGGUCAGGUCCCGGUUCUGGUCCCGGCUGGCCGCCGGUGCGACGUAAUCCAGCAUGGAGGCGGAAGAGAUGUUAGUGGAUAGUGCUGAUGAGGUGCCAAGUAACUACUACAAGCUGGUGUUAGAUCGGCUGAAUGAGCAGCGACAGCAAGAGCAAUUUACAGACAUCACCCUCAUUGUGGAUGGUCACCAUUUCAAAGCCCACAAGGCCGUCCUUGCUGCCUGCAGCCAGUUCUUUUGUCGUUUCUUCCAGGACUUUAGAGAAGAAAACUUGGUUGUGAUUGAAGGGGUGAGCAACCUGGCGUUUCAGCACCUGAUUGAGUUCACCUACACUGCCAAGCUGAUGGAGCUGCAGCAGGAAGAGGCGAGUGACGUCAGGAAGGCAGCAGAGUACUUACAGAUGGAGGAGGCGAUGAAAGCCCUCAAUAACCGGGACAGCGCCAAGUCUCCGACGGCCCAGGCCACGAAUUUUCACAAGCGGAAAACCUUGAAUCAGACGAUAACAGAGACGUCCAUUGUCAUCACUGAAACGCUGCCCACCAUCCAGGAGAUGGAGACGGUGGAGAUAGACCAGGAGAACGUCUUUGCAGCUGAGAUCGUGGAGAUUGGCGGAGACACCGAGCGGAUGGAGGAGGAGGCGACGGACACUGGAGUGACUGUGGCUGAGGAGCAGCCCGCAGCAGACGAGACGGCGCAGCCGGCCGACAGUGUGCCGAGCUCGGAGCAGCAGGCUGAGUCGGCCCUGGCACUGCUCGCCGACAUCACCAGCAAGUACCAGCAGGACAAUGUGGACAAGGAGCCAGAGAGGGAGGGGGAGCUGGAGCUCGCAGGCCAGCCCCAGGAAGAGGAGGAGGAGGCAGAGGCAGAGGCGGAGGCGGAGGCGGCCACCAUCUCCACAGAGGAGAGCAUCCACAUCGUGGAGGUGCUGGCGCAGGGCGACAAGGUGUUCUGCUGCGAGAAGUGCAGCCGCAUCUUCAGACUCUUCUACCACUUCAAAGAGCACAUGAAGAUCCACUCAGGAGAGAACUACGUCUGCCACCUCUGCAGCAAGCAGUACACGCGGGAGAGCGCCUGGAAACAACACCUCUCCUCCCACCGCGACGAAGAGGGCACUAACAAAAAGCCGCGCUGCGUCCGCAAGGUACACGUGUGCCAGUACUGCGAGAAACAGUUUGACCACUUCGGACACUUUAAAGAGCAUCUCAGGAAACACACGGGUGAGAAGCCCUUUGAAUGCCCAAACUGCCAUGAGCGCUUUGCCAGAAACAGCACUCUGAAAUGCCACCUGGUAGCCUGUCGUACUGGUAUGGGUGCCAAGAAAGGAAGAAAGAAGAUGUACGAAUGCCAGGUCUGCACCAGCGUCUUCCCCAGCUGGGACCAGUUUAAGCACCAUCUGGCUGAGCACACGGGAGAGAAACCCAACCACUGCACCCUGUGUGACAUGUGGUUCAUGCGCGCCAGUGAGCUGCGGCAGCACGUAAAGGAGAAGCACGGCGCCACCGAGCAGGGAACGGGCGCCCUGGCGGAGAUCGUGGUGUUGAUCAACACUGAGGCCAUGGAGAGCGAGACAGUCAUCGAGGAGCAUGUGAAGUCGGUUCCAACAGACUGGGAGGAUGACAUCUACUGUGAGAUCAAGCAUCUAGAACGGUGGGUCAGCAACAGUUCGUGGAGAAUGAAGGGCAUGACAGGACACAGAAGUCAUGGUCAUCUACUACAAUCUACUACAGUUUGUGACGACUAAUCGUACCACUGGACCCAGACUUCCAAGGGCAAGAGAGUGGAACUGCCCCGGUACAAAGGCUUUUCCGCUCUAAAAACUCUCUGGCACAGCCCCCCUGUCAUUGUUGGAUAUGACGGACAACCAUUAUAAGCCCACCACCCCUAGUGGGGCAUAGGCCAGUGACAAUAGGUCACGAGUCCUCUGUCCUUGGCCAGUCUUUCAAGUUGUCCCCAGUUUAGCCCAUCUUCUUGGUGUCGCUUGUGUGCUGAUAUUGGUACAAGGCUUGUGCAGCGCGAGUCUGAUCCAUCCCCAGGUUAAUUUAUCAUCUGGUGCGUUCCCUGCCGUGGACUGGUGCUGCUGAUAACUCUGGGCCAGUGGCUCCUCUGGAUACCAGACUUUCAAAAUAAAAUAAUUCAUUGACAUUUUGGCCAAGGCCCUUCAUCAGGACCUUAAAUGUUGGCUCUUUAUUCCUCUGUAGAUGCUGCCUGAUCUGCUUCGUUCCUCCAGCAUUUUGUCUUCUCUGGACUUCCAGCAUCUGCCGAAUCUCUUGUGUUUAUAAUUAAUUAGCCUUUCUUUUUCACAAUACUGGAUUCAUAAUGACCUGUUGCUUGGUCACUUUCUUAUCCUUUGCAUUCGGCCUUGAUAGGUUGCAGCAUUAGCAUUCAUUUCCAGUGGAUUAAAAUACAAAAUGAAGAUUGUGCUGCUGAGGCUCUACAGGCAUUGGUCAGAAUUGUGAGCAGUCUUGAGUCUUUUGUCUAAGAAAAGAUGUGCUACGUUGGAGAGAGUCCCAAGCAGGUUUAUGAGAGUGACCCAGGAAUGAAAAUCAUGUACUUUGGUAGUAGAAAUAAGUAUUCGGAUUAUUUUCUAAAUGGGGAGAAAAUCCAGGAAUCUGAGAUGUAGAGGGACUUGGGACUCCUUGUGCUGAACACCGUGAAGGUUAACUUACAGGUUGAGUCAGUGGUGAGGAAGGCAAAUGCCAUGUUAGCUUUCAUUUCAAGAGGUCUAGAAUACAAGAGCAGGGAUGUGACACUGAGUCUUUAUAAGGCACUGGUGAGGCCUCACCUUGAGUAUUGUGAACAGUUUUGGGCCUCUCAUCUUAGAAAAGAUGUGCUGGCAUUGGAGAGGGUUCAGAGGAGGUUCACAAGGAUGAUUCCAGGAAUGAAAGGCUUAUCAUACGAGGAACGUUUGAUGGCUCUGGAUCUGUACUCACUGGAAUUCAGAAGGACAAGAGAGAAUCUCAUUGAAACCUUUCAUUUGUUGAAAGGCCAAGACAGAGUAGAUGUGGAAAGGAUGUUUCCCAUGGUGGGAGAGUCUAGGACAAGAGGGCACAGCCUCAGGAUAGAGGGGCACUCUUUCAAAGCACAGCUGUGGAGCCCAGGUUGUUGGGUAUAUUUAAGGCAGAGAUUGAUAGGUUCUUGACCAGACAUGACUUCAAAAGUUACGGGGUAAAGGCCGGGAACUGGGGUUGAGGAGGAGGUAGAAAAACAGGAUCAGCCAUGAUUGAAUGGCAGAGCAGACUCAAUGGGUCAGAUGGCCUAAUUCUGCUCCUAUGCAUUAUGGUUUUGUGGAAAAGGUUAACAUGUGGAGUGUUUGAUUGCUCUGAGAAUGUACUCGCUGGACUUUCGAAGAAUGAGGGAGGAUCUCUUUAAAACCCAUCACAUAUUGAAAUGCCUAAGUAGAGUGGAUGUGGAGAGGAUGUUUACAAUAGCUGGGGACUUUAGGACCAGAGGGAACAGCCUCAGAACUGAGGAAUGCCUAAUUAAAUGUUGAGGAAUUUCUUUAGCCAGAGGGUAGUGAAACUGAAAUUUAUUGCCAUAGAUUUCUGUGGAGGGUGAGUCACUGGAUAUUUAAAGUGGAAGGUGAUAGGUUCUUGAUUACUAAGGGUGUCAAAGGUUCCUGGGAGAAGGCAUGCAAAUAGGGUUAAGAGAGAUAAUAAAUCAGCCAUGAUUGAACGGUGGAGCAGACUUGAUAGGUCAAACAGUCUAAUUUUGCUCCCAUGCCUUAUGGUCUUACGGCCAUUUUCAGUACUGUUGCAAUUUGCCCAAUUUGUAUGCAAGGUCAAAGUGGAGUUUACUGUUAUCUGCACAAGUCUGUGUGUGCACAGAUGUAAUGAAAAACUUCCUUACAGCAGCAUCACAGAUACAGAGGGUCAGAUAAACAGCAUGCACAAGAAAAACAGUUACAGUGAAACCCCAAUUUUACGUGCCCCAAAUUAACGCAAAUUCGGAUAUAACACGAUGAGUCUUUGGACUCCAUGUCCAUGUCAAUCCAUGCUCCCCCUUCUCCAAACUUGUAUCCCUUUUGCCAAUGGACUUCCGAGCUCUUGGUUUCAUCCCUCCCCCUCCUGUCUUCUCCUAUCAUUUCGGGUCUCUCCCUCCCUCUUCCACUUUUAAAUCUCUUACUAUCUCUUUUUCCCGUUAGUCCUGAUGAAGGGUCUUGACCAGAUGUUGCCUGGCCUGCUGCAUUCUGCUGCAUUUUGUGUGAGUCAUUGGACCUUUUUUUUUGCUCAAAAUGGAACAAACUGUGAGAAAAAGAAAAUCUUUUUCUGUGAAAGGUAAGCUUCACACACUUGACGGAAUCGAGACUAAAAGUCAAACUCAAGUUGCACAAGACCUAGGGAUACCGGAAUCAACCCUUCGUGGCUGGAAGUCUCAUGAAGAAAAGUUAGGCACGUCAUUUUGCAAAGUUGAAGAAGCAGGACUGAAAGCCGAUGACGAAUGCCCAACAUAUGAGCAACUGACAGACGCCAAGAUCAUCCGUAAUGUAACUAUAGCACCGGCGGAGGCAAGUAUACUGGUUCUCGAGCCACAAGUAGAUGAUAAUGAAGAGCCUCCACCCCCUACCCCAAAAUUGUCUGAAGCCAUUGAACACCUUGCGGCUAGCCUCCGUUGGCUGGAGACCCAGGAGGUGGACCACAUAAAAAACCUGCAACUCAGAAGCAUUCUAGAUUUCGCUCGCAGCCAGUGACAUGCUACAUUCAGGCAAGGAACACUCAAUCACUUUUUUAAGAAAUAAACUGUAAAUAAUGAUUGCUAAUAUUCUUGAAUGUUUUUAUUUGUUGUUUUGUGUAUUAAAAA